AUGCGCUUCGCAUCACUUCUCACCUUCCUCCCAGUCGCCCUCUCCCUCCCUCACGCACCUCGAGAUGCCCCAUCUCUCGCCCCUCAAGUCAUUGAGCAGAUCGGCGUCCUCAACUCUUCCCUCACUAGCCUGACCACUGCCGUCAAUGCCUUCGACGGUACACUUCUGCACGUAAUUCCGCAGUCACUCGCAGUCAUCACCACUGAGACCUCCCUCGAUGCGAAUACGCUGAAGACAGCCUUCAUCACUAAGCAAAGCGGCAACUUUACUGAGACGGAGAGUAACAACGUGGUCGCCGGGUUGGCGGGAUUGAUUACGCCUAUUCAGACAAGUCUGACGGCGUUGAGUGCGAAGUACGAAACGUUCAAAAAGACACUAGAGUCGCCGAUCGUGCUGCUUGACUUGAAAGUUCUAAAAGCGCAUACAGAUGAUCUGGUAGAUGCUGUGACGCAGAAGGUCGUACCUGCGAGCGCUGGGCUGCUUGGGUUGGGCAAAGGUGUCAUUGAUACUGCGUUUGAUAAUGCCAUUGCGGUUUAUGAGGGAAGCUAG